UUACCCCACAAAUAACACAUGUUCCCGUUAUAGUAGUCAACAUUUUCUUUUUCUUACAUUUUAAACCAACGGCUACAAUACCGUUCUCUCUCUCCAUCUCCAUCUUCAUCUUCGUUUAUUUACAUCAAAAAUCAAACAAAGAAUUAACAAAAAAUUAGCCUAAAACUUCGCGUUUCGCUGUCUCAAACUCUAAUUUCAUUCUAAUCCUAACUAAUCCUAACUAACUAAUCCCUUCUUUCCUUUUAAUCUCUCUCCCUUCUCACUUUUCUCUUUGAUUCUUUCCCUUCGUUGGUAAGAAUCCACUCUCGCUCGCUACCAUUCCUAAUCGUUUCUUGAGAGAGAGAACUAUUUUUUUUUUAUUUAAUUAUUUUCCCAUUCAUUUCAUUACAUAAUGAAUACACAUUACAUAAUUAAUAUGUAAUCAUUUUAUUCAUUUUAAUCUUAAUCUUCUUCUUUAUGCUUACUUUCCUUCCGUUAAUUUCAAUUUCUUGAGAGGACUUUUCAGAAGAAAAAAGAAAAAGAAAAAAAAAAUAGUUUAAAUAUUUUUUGAAAGAUGUCAGUUGCUGAUGUUGCUAUGAGGCCGAUUUUAAAAUCGGCCUCGGCCUCGGCUUCGGCUUCGUCGAAUUCACAUUGCCAUCACCAUCACCGUCGUUGCUCCAGCGAAUCGAUUCUGAUCUAUCUAACCGUAGACGGAGCAGUUACACCAAUGCGUGUAUUAGAAUCAGAUUCAAUUGCUUCUGUUAAAAUGAGGAUUCAAACACGUAAAGGAGUUUCAUGGAAGAAACAAAAUCUAGUUUCUAAUGGAAGAGAGUUAUCACGUAAUAAUAAUCUUGUAAAGGAUUAUGGUGUAACUUCCGGUAAUGUCGUUCAUUUGGUUCUUCGUUUAUCUGAUAUGAUUUUUAUCGUUGUUAGAACGAUAUGUGGUAAGGAAUUUGAAUUUCAGAUCGAUCGGAAGAGAAAUGUUGCGCAUCUUAAACAAUGUAUUAAGAAAAAAGGGAAAGGUUUUAUUGAUCUUGUUGAGGAAGAACAAGAAUUUUUCUGCUAUGGUGAAAAGCUUGAUGAUAGAAGAAUUUUUGAUGAUAUUUGUAAGAAUGAUGAUGAUGUUAUUCAUCUCAUUGUUAAAAAAUCAGCAAAAGUUAAUGCUACAAUUGUUCAUAAUAAAGAUUUAGAGCUUUCUGUUGUUGCAGAGAAUCAUAAUUUGAAUCAGAAUCAGAAUGAGGUUGUUAAGGUUAUAGAACAAAAACAACCCUGUGAUUUUGAUUUUUUGUUAGAACCAAUUUUUGUGAACCAUAGGAUCAAUUUUUUUCCUUUUCUAUGGGACAUGAUAGAUUCAACUUUCAAUGGUUUGAAGAAAGGAAAUAAGCCUGUGAGAUCUUCUGAAGGAACAGGUGGGACUUACUUCAUGCAAGAUUCAAAAGGUGUAGAUUAUAUUUCGGUUUUCAAGCCGAUUGAUGAGGAGCCAAUGGCGAUUAAUAAUCCACGUGGUUUGCCGGUUUCGUCGAACGGGGAGGGUUUAAAGAUAGGGACAAAGGUUGGAGAAGGAGCUGUUAGAGAAGUUGCGGCCUAUAUAUUGGAUCAUCCGAAGAAUGGACCACGUUUGGUGUCCGGUGAAGCAGUUGGUUUUGCUGGUGUUCCACCUACGGUUAUGGUUCGGUGUUCACACGAGGCGUUUAAUUACUCUAAUGGCUCUUUGAUGAUGGAUCACAAGGUGGGGUCUUUGCAAAAGUUUAUGAGUAAUGAUGGUAAUUGUGAGGAUAUUGGACCCGGAGUUUUUCCUGUCGAAGAGGUGCAUAAGAUCAGUGUGCUUGAUAUAAGAAUGGCGAAUGCAGAUAGGCAUGCAGGGAAUAUAUUGUUUAGAAAAGGGCCAAAUGGUGAAAUUCUGCUCAUUCCCAUUGAUCAUGGCUACUGUCUUCCUGAGAAAUUUGAAGAUUGCACAUUUGAUUGGCUUUAUUGGCCUCAGGCGCGGCAGCCAUACUCUCCCGAUACAGUUGAUUAUAUAAACUCUCUGGAUGCUGAAAAGGACAUAGAGCUUCUGAGACAUUAUGGUUGGGAUGUUCCGGCUGAGUGUGCCAGAACACUCCGCAUCUCCACAAUGUUAUUGAAGAAAGGGGUUGAGAGAGGACUCACUCCAUAUACCAUUGGAAGCAUCAUGUGCAGAGAAAAUUUGAACAAGAAAUCCGUAAUUGAGGAGAUUGUCUGCAAAGCCCAGGAAUCAUUGCAACCCGACAUGGAGGAAUCUAUUUUUCUCGAAUUUGUAUCGCAGAUCAUGGAUUCCCGCCUUGGUGAACUUUCGAAAUAGACUUUUUUUUUCUUUGUUUCUUUCUGGUGCAUAGGUAUAUUAAACCAUGUACUUAUGUAUUAAGUGAAGAACACCAGUCCAUAUAUUUGGAUGGACUUAAGGUUGUUGUAUAAGAAGGUGAUAGCUUAGAGGUGUUCGAAUCUGGACAUAUAGGUCCGGAAGAGAAUGCCUAUUACUCACCCCCCAAUCACCCCCCGUAAAUUGUUUUGCAGGAAUGUAUUGCCAUAUUGAACAGAAGUUAUAUAAAAAAAAAAGUCUGAAUAAAUGUAUUCUAC